AACGCAACCGGAAGUCUCUUUGUUCACUGUAUCCAGCUUGGCGCCUCUCAGGAGUAUAUAAGCGGAGUCUCAAUGGGGGACAGAAGACAUGGAGCGAGAGGACACCAUCAUCAUCACCGCUGUCUCCUGUGGACAUACUGUCACUGUGUAAAAGGACUAACACUGUCUGUCAAGGCCCCUGCUGCAAGGCCCCCCUGUGGAAUAAAAGCAAUCCUGGUCAAUAUUUGGUGAGGAUCCUUCCUGCUCUGCAAGCAAGAUGGGGAACGGAUUAUCAGAUCAUCACUCCCACUCCCUCUUCCCAUGCCUGCCGUCCUUCCAGGCGCUCCACAUUGUCAUUCUAGGACUGGACUGUGCAGGCAAGACCACCGUACUGUAUCGCCUACGCUUCAAUGAGUUUGUGAACACUGUCCCGACGAAGGGUUUCAACACUGAGAAGAUCAAAGUGUCACUCGGAGGCGGCCGACGGACGGCGUCCUUCCACUUCUGGGACGUAGGCGGUCAGGAGAAGCUUCGGCCUCUGUGGCGCUCUUACACCCGCUGCGCCGACGGCAUCGUGUUCGUGGUGGACUCGGUGGACGCCGAGCGCAUCGAGGAGGCCAAGACCGAGCUGCACAAGAUCACGCGGCUGGCGGAGAACCAGGGCGUGCCGGUUCUGGUGGUGGCCAACAAGCAGGACCUGAGGAAUUCGCUCAGCCUGGCCGAGAUGGAGAGCAUGUUGGCUCUGGGCGAGCUCAGCACCGCCACGCCCUGGCACCUUCAGCCCGCCUGCGCCAUCAUCGGGGAGGGACUACAGGAAGGCCUGGAGAAGCUGCACGCCAUGAUCAUGAAGAGGAGACGGAUGCUGCGGCAACAGAAGAGGAAGAGAUGAUGGCGCUGCAGGUUGGAGCUUUAAAAAAACAAACGUGAGCUUGGCUCUAAAGCUUCAUUAGGACUACUGCCAGCCCGCUGUGACGAGUCAUCCGGCUGCCCUUUUGAAGGCUCGUUGGCAUGAGUUUGAUCCUUCCAGUGGAACUGUUUGUUCAGGUCAGUCGGCGUUUGGCUGCCACAGAGGACGGUGGGAUUGAUUUUUGCCCCAUGGACACUGGAAGGAAGUCCAGUAUUGUGCUACACGGCAGUAAGCUGUUGAGUUCACACGUAACUCCGGACAAUGAGCUGUCUUAUUUCAUGUUGUUUGUCGAGAUAUGUGCUGCUUAUCUGUUCAAAAACAAUCAGUCCUUUUUUAUAUUUGUAUCCUACCAAAGCUUGUGUUGAGACUGCAGACAGGACGUAUUAGAACAAAGUGAUCAAAGUUGCGUACACGUCAAGUAUAGUGACAAAUCUUUUGUAUCCAAUGUUGCACAAAUAGGAGUCUGGUCCAGAAGUUUACAUGAAGAGUAAUGAAUCCCUAAAGAAGGAUGCACAAUGGCCCUAAAACAUGUCAACACUGUUUUAAAAUGGCUGUUAAUGAUGGAAACUAUGAUUGUUAGUUAGUUUGGUAGUGUACCUACCAUCCUGUGGCCACAUGUUGACCCACAAUAUACUGAGCACAGCCACACUGAUCGCAGAAUAUGUCAAUCUGAAGUUUUUGGUUUCAGUAUUUCUGAACGAUAAAGGGAGUUUGUGUCUAGAGUCACUUUAAAACCAUCGUGAAGUCAACGGUAGUAUCCUCCAAAGACCAGCAUGCCCUGCAGAGGACGGGGUACGGCUGAUGCCAGAUCAGGAUCUCUGUUCCAGUAAUUAAUGCAUUACUUUCUACUUAGGGAGUACUGCUGCACGUACAGAGCAUACUUCAUGAAAGUAUUCCAGUAUCAGUAUCUAUCAAAGAGCAGUUCAGAUAUUCAGGUAAUUCGAAGAACUCUCCAAUCCAGUGUGUGUGCUCCACGAUAAGGCAACAAUCGUAUUUGAGCAUUCAACCAAACUACUGCUCGUUAGGGAACCCAACUAGUUGCCUACAUUAGUUAAAGAACGACGGCUUUCUAGCAGAGCUGGGUAUCGUUUGAAAGUGCUGAGACAAUACCCGAGUUUCAGCACUGUAGUCAUGAUACUUUGAGGAGUUGACCCUUUUCUCGUUGGGAAUGCAAAAAGUGCUCGACCUUUUAAACUCAACUCAAGUUGACGACAAUCGUUUGUUUCUCCAAGUCUACCUGUCAGCGAUAAAUUCAGUUUGAAUUUCUCCACUUAACCUCUAAAAAUGUUUAACUUGUGAAAAUGAAGCGUCAUGCAUUAUUAACUGUGAUGAAAGUCUCUGUUGUUGGCUUCAAUCACAAAUGGAGAGUGGAUACACCAACGUAAUCAAUGGUUCACCACUGACGACGACGAUGAUGAUUUUAUCAACAGCCCACGAGCUGCCAGUUGUCUCUGUGCGGCUGUAACAAGGUGAGGCUCUUUGGCCCGGGCUAAGCUGUGACUUCAUCACCAACGUGGCUCCCUGUGGACGUGUCUUGUGUUGUUCCGUUGAUUGACGGACCCAGUCGGCUCAGCAGGAAUAUUCCUCAGCUGCCUGUCGAGCGCCCGUCCCCAAGAGACAGCCAUGUCAAGCCAGCCGGCCGGCCUCACCUUUAUCUGACGACACACUCUCAUGUUCAGCAGAGCCGGCGUCUGAAUGCACUUUAAUGGCCCUUUUUCUUUUUCUUUUCUUUUUUGUAUGUGACAGAAUUCUGUUUGAUUCUGAAACCGAAAGAAGUGAAAUAUUGCUUCAAAAGAAGCGUUUUUACAUAAAUAUAUGUUGGAUACUGUUACCAGCUUUCACUCUUCCACCCUGUUUGUGGCAGGGUGUUCGUAUUUAUGUGUUUUUGAUCCACUUUUGUUCACUUGGAAUAAAGCAACAAAAGAACAGUGACGUGA